GGUUUACUGGGUUCCUUUCAGUACAGCUUCUUUCGCAGCCAUUGGAACCAGAGCAGAAAAAGAGACAGAGAUGGGAUUUGCAGCUCUAAGGACUCUAAUUCGACCCCUCUCAAGAACCCUAAUAUCUCGCACUUCCACUCACCCCGCUACGACGCCGUUUCCCGCCACUCUCACAUCCCCAAUUCACCGCCGAGCCCCGUGGUUUCUGAUCACGAACCAUUUCCACAGCUUGACGGACACUCGGUUCCCGAAGAGACGGCCCACCGAAAAGCCUCGCCGCAAAAGAGUCAGCUUGAAACCCCCAGGGCCGUAUGCUUGGGUUCAGUACACACCAGGCGAGCGGAUACCUCCGAGUAGUCCCAAUGAAGGCAGUGUGAAAGGAAGGAACGAGAGAAAGCGCAUGAGGCAGCGCCGCGCGUUCAUACUGGCAGAAAAAAAGAAACGGCAGGCUCAGUUGCGGGAGGCUAAUAGGAAGAAGAUCAUUAAGAGGGUAGAGCGGAAAAUGGCUGCUGUGGCAAGGGACAGAGAGUGGGCUCAAAGACUUACUGAGCUGCAGCAGCUUGAGGAAGAGAAGAAAAAAUCCACGGCUUAACAUUCAUUCGUGCUUGACUUCAAAUGCAGAUGAUGUGGCCGCUUUUUGGCUUUUUGCCCAUUCUGGAGCGAUCAUUCAAACUAGUUUCUUUAAGCACCUAUAUUGUUCUGUCCUAUCUGUUAGAUAGGUGAGCCUGUGGUUUAGUUUGUCAGCAUUUAGCCUUCCUAACAUAUACAGAGGUGUGCUGUUUUGCACAUUGUUCAAUUGUAGACUGGCAGUGUGUGCUGGGCCUGAGUUUUGAAAGUAGAUAGAGAUUGUGCAACUCUAUUGGCUGUCCUCCCCAGCCCACUCUCCCUACCUUUCUUGAAUUAAUGUCUUCUUGGGGCCAUGACAUCCUGAUUGGCUUGUUCUCUUCA